GGGCGUAAGGGACGCAGGGGCGCAAGGGACGCAGGGGCGAAGGACCAGGGGCGUAAGGACCCAGGGCGAAGGGACGAGGGGCGCAAGGACGAGGGCCUAAGGGACGAGGGGCGUAAUGACGAGGGCGAUGACCCAGGGGCCGAAGGGACCGAGGGGCGAAGGGACCAGGGGCGCAAGGACCGAGGGGCGAAGUGGACGCAGGGGCGUAAGGGACGCAGGGGCGUAAGGGACCCAGGGGCGAAGGGACGAGGGCGACGCAGGGGCGAAGGGACCAGGGGCGAAGGGACCAGGGGCGAAGGGACCCAGGGGCGUAAGGGACGCAGGGGCGUAAGGGACGCAGGGGCGAAUGGACGCAGGGGCGUAAGGGACGAGGGGCGCAAGGGACGCAGGGGCGAAGGGACGCAGGGGCGAAGUGACGCAGGGGCGCAAGGGACUGAGGGGCGCAAGGGACCAGGGGCGAAGGGACGCAGGGGCGAAGGGACCGCAGGGGCGAAGGGACCCAGGGGCGUAAGGGACGCAGGGGCGAAGGGACCAGGGGCGGACGAGGGGCGUGCAGGGACGCAGGGGCGUAAGGGACGCAGGGGCGUAAGGGACGAGGGGCGUAAGGGACGCAGGGGCGAUGGACGCAGGGGCGAAGGACGCAGGGGCGAUGACCAGGGGCGUAAGGGACGCAGGGGCGCAAGGGACCAGGGGCGUAAGGGACGCAGGGGCGUAAGGGACCGAGGGGCGGGCGUAAGGGACCAGGGGCGUAAGGGACCAGGGGCGAAGGGACCUAGGGGCGUAAGGGACCAGGGGCGUAAGGGACUAGGGGCGUAA